AUGUCUGAUAACGAAACUAGCUUUACAAAACAUAAACCUAAAGAAAAAGUCAAUUCCCAGUCAUCUAAAAAACCUCGAAAAAUUUUAACCGGCAAGCAAAAAAAAGAAUUAUGCCAGUUAGCAAAGGACAAUCCCAAUUUUACUCAACAGGAAUUGGCAAAUAAAUUUGGUGGUAUUGGGCGGUCAACUGUUGCAGAAAUUCUUUCACAAACAUCAUAUUGGCUUGAAUUAAAUGAAGAAAGUGCUAUAGCACAACAAAAACCAAAGGCUUGGAAAAAUGUUACCGAAGAUGUAAUUAUUCAUGCAUGGCAAAAAACAGAGAUUCUUCCUUCAGCAGAUCUUGAAUCUUCAAUUGAACCUAAUGAUGAUGAAGAAGUUGAGUUGGAAGAACUUAUUAUGCAAUACCAAAAUUUAAAAAAUCCUAAAAAUUCUGAAUUAACAACUAGUAUUUCUACACGCGAAUUUAUUGAAAUUGAUAACAAAUAUAUGACAAUUAAAUCUGUUACAACUGUUCAAGCAAUUGCUGGAGUAGAUUCGAUCUUAGAUUAUAUUGAACAGCCUAAUGCAAAUAUUGAAAUUGAUAUUAAAGUAUUUGCUGAACUUAAACGAAUUCGAAAAGAACUUGUUAGCUUAUCAAAAAAAAACUCCAAACAAACAAGAUUAGAGUCAUUUUUUAUCUAUGAAUAG